CGUCUCGCUCCGGGAUUUGCACGGGUUUGCGGUGCCGCGGCGGCCGGGGCUCAGUGUCUGUCGGGUCGGCGGCGGGAGCUGCCGGAGCCGGAGCCCAGCUCGGCUGCAGCGGCGGCCGCGGACGCCCGGCCCCGGCCCCGGCCCGGCCCCUCCCGGCUGCGGCAUGGAGCUGCCGGCGGUGGGGGAGCACGUCUUCGCGGUGGAGAGCAUCGAGAAGAAGCGGAUCAGAAAGGGCAGAGUCGAGUACCUGGUGAAAUGGAGGGGAUGGUCGCCCAAAUAUAACACGUGGGAGCCGGAGGAGAACAUCCUGGACCCCCGGCUGCUCAUCGCCUUCCAGAACAGGGAGCGGCAGGAGCAGCUGAUGGGAUACCGCAAGCGGGGGCCCAAGCCAAAGCCGCUGGUUGUGCAGCUUCCCUCCUUCGCCCGCCGCUCGAACAUCCUCACGGGGCUGCAGGACCCCGCCGUGGACAACAGGCCAAAGCUGGAUCUCGGCUCCUCCGGCAAGAGCCAGCAGCACCAGUAUGAACUCAACAGCAAGAAGCACCACCAGUACCAGCCCAACGGCAAGGAGAGCGGCAUGAAGCACCAGUCCCACAGCAAAGGGAAGUAUUACUACCAGCUGAACAGCAAGAAGCACCACCACUACCAGCCGGACCCCAAGAUGUACGAGCCCCAUUACCAGCCCAGCAGCAAGGAGCCACAGAGCCAGGCCUGCUUGGACAGUAACAAGAGCCCCCUGGUCGCCCACCCGGACAAGUGGGCUCACGGCCCGGCCAAAAACCUGCUGGGCCCGGUCAAGAACCUCGCCCCGGAGAGCAAGAACGGGGCUGAGAAGAACCUGUCCAGUGGUACCGGGCCUCCCCCCCGAGACAGGGUGGCCAGCAACGGCCUCGGGGGCAAGAUGAAGAUCGUCAAGAACAAAAACAAGAACGGGCGCAUUGUGAUCGUCAUGAGCAAGUACAUGGAGAACGGGAUGCAGGCGGUGAAGAUCAAGUCCGGGGAGCCUCCCCGGAAGCGGGCCGCGGAGGAGAGGACUCCUAAGAAGGGUGGGGAGGAGAAGCUGGAGGCUUGGAGGAAGCCGGGGGAGGAGAGGGUGGUGGGCAGCAACGCCCUGAGCAAAGGCGAGGGCGAGGGCCGGCAGCCCCCCGCGGAGCUCGAGGAAAGUCCCCAAAAGACUCCCCUGGCCAAGGAGCUGCCCCUUCCUCCGGCGGAGCAGCCCCUGCAGCUCACCACCAAGCCGGACCUCGUGCCCUGGUCCCUGAGUCCCGUGUGCGAGCACAGCCCUUCCUCCAUGGGACUGAACCUCUCCAGCCCCGGCUCGCGGAAGCGCUGCCUGUCGGAGCCGCACGUGGAGCGGGAGCCGGGCAAGAAGCGCCUGACCUCCCGGAGCAUCAGUGCCCCCACCUGCCUCAGCCCCCCGGCCCCGGAGCGGCCGGAGCCGCCCGCCCAGCCGGAGGUCAUCCUGCUGGAUUCGGACCUGGACGAGCCCAUAGACUUGCGCUGCGUGAAACCGCGGGCGGAGGGCGAGCUGGCCCUGGCGCAGGUGAAGCCGGAGGUGCCGCCGGUGCCGGCUGAGAAACCGGCCGCGGAGCCUCCGCAGCCCCAGGAGGCUGCGGAGGAGGAGGAGGAGGAGGAGGCCGAGUCCCUGCAGGAAUUCAAGCCCUUCUUUGGGAAUAUAAUUAUCACAGACGUGACCGCAAACUGCCUGACCGUGACCUUCAAGGAGUACGUGACGGUGUGAGGUGGGACGGUGGCUGCUCCCCGUGGGAGCUGCCUGCCCGUCCCGGGGCCGUCGGCCCCAUCGCCUCCCUCUAAGGUACUGGUGCCCCUUCCCCGGAGCCCGCGUGCCCCCUGCCCACGCCGCGGCGGCCGAGCCUGCCGUCUCCGCCGAGGGGAUGCCGGCGCAGGGCCGGGCACGGUGGCCGUCCCUGCCACGCGGGGUGUCCUCGCCGCUGCUCCCGCCCCGCGGUCGGGGGCUGCCCCGGGACCUGCGGGCGCCGGGACACGCGAGGACGGGGCCUGCCAGUUACUCAGAGUUAUAGUAUUAUAUUUUAACAGUGCUAACUUGUCGAGUGAUUCUUGCUCCCGUUUGUACGUGGUGUUAUUGAAAUGUAUUGUUUGAGCUGAAAGCUGGUCGCUCUCUGGCCACGCUAAUAUAUUUAUUUGUAGGUAUUUAUAUAAUGAAAUAUAAAGCCUAGAUUUAUGGAGUCCCUAGAUCACCUUAUAAACUAUAUCAAACAACUAUUUUCUGUUCUCCUUUUUAACCAUUCAGCAUUUGUUAGUCUUGUCCCCUUGCCCUCCUUACACCCCGCAGGACCAUCCCUGGUAUAUAUUUUUUGAUACUGUACACAUGUGGUGUUUCUAUGUGCAAAAAAAAAAAAAAAAAAAUCGUUAUCUAAAGCUAAACAAGCUAUUAUAGAAAUUGCUGCUAUUAGAAAUGUCUAAACUAUAAGCUUCCAAUUAUUAAUUGCUUGAAUGUAAAUAUUAAAUGGAGAUGUUGAAAGUGCAUUUGAUGUUCUGCAGCUAGUGUAGAUCGGAUUGCAAAGCCCAGCUGCUGGGAGGUGGAGCGCGAGCUGCCAGCGGCGCUUCCUGGUCCGAGGGCUGUGUCGCGGGGGAAGAAAUGUAUCAUGCAAUCAUUGCAAAGGACUAUAAACCUUUACAAAAACUA